AUGCCAUACAACACUCGUCGCAAGUCCUUGUCUCUUCCGUUGCUAGGCAUACAAUUACCAAAUUCGUCUCGCCGUUCGCCUUCUACCCUGAAACCGCACGCGACCGACGAUAAUCUACCUCCUUCCAAAAAGGUCAAGAGGUCGCAUGACUCCGCGUUAACGUCGCCAGAGCCGUCGGAACAUGGUAUCAAUGCCGUACAACAGUCAGUUACGGCGCGACUGAUCAACCGACGUGGGAAUUUGGACCAAACGCCACCUUUAUCGCCUACGGAUGGUGGUGUCGCACCCAAGAUUGACAUCGAGGGCAUUAACGAUGAUAUUGUCGUCGGGGUGAUCGAACAGUUGGAGAAGACCGGCAAUCGGCCGCACCUCGUGAAAGAGCUUGCUGCGGUUCUUAUCAAUUUUAAUGAGAGUGUUACAAACUCCGCGAAUCCCGCCGCGCUACUCUCCUCUCGCCUGGCCGCGUAUAUGAAGCGUCCGUGGACAGCUCUUGCGCCAUGCCCUUUGGCGAAGGAGCUGAUCCCCAUACAUCCUCGCAAGGUCUAUUACUACCUCACCACCUAUCCUCGCCAGUCUAUCCCAGAGAACUCCGAUGAUGUGCUAAUCCCUGGUAUCGAGGGAAAGGCCAUGACGCCUAGCGUCUCCAGCUUGGACGACGAGGAAGAGGCUGCUGCGCGACAACGCUCCCCUAGCCCUGAGGUUGAUUUGUCGUCACCUGACUUCGAGGAAGAUGGCAUCGAUCUGAAUGGAUGUGGCGAGUCCGGCACCGCAAGGCAUAGUCCAGAUUUUCCCGACCAUCGCCGUACGCGAUUAGUUCAUUCUCACCGUGCCGCUUCUCCACCGCUGGAGGGUGACGAGAGGGAGUUUACGCAGACGGCUAGCGCUGUUCGCGAGCGGGCCUCCGAGCAGAAAGCCAGCCAACUCGCACAAGCCAAGGGUGGAUUCUCUGCUCUCACAAAAGCUCUGCAAGGGAUGGACGAUAUCAAUAUGAACAACUCAGGCACACCGGUCGAUGAUAGCCCCCUGUCAAGCUUCGGUGAUGAGCAAAUGUCCGAAUCUCAUGACGAUUACUUCUCGCCAGAGGGCCCACACGGCCAAACCUUUCUAGACCAACCGCAACAACGCGCGCUUGACGUGGCGACUGUUGCCGCACUUUUUGGCACUUCUCCCUCCCCAUCACUUACAUCUGUCGCUUCAUCCGUCUCGUCUGGCACGAGUGCGGCUUCGGAUGAUAGCUUGGACAUGGAAAACGAACCCGGUUCUCUCGGAAAUGCUCCACGCAUCGCCCUUCCAGAAGAUCCGAGCCUCGCGCGUAUAUCAACGCUUAAGAGGUCAAUCGACAUGCUGAACGAUGCUCCCGAUUUGGACAUGCACAUGUCAGAUAUCGAUGAAGACGACAAGGUAGCCGUGAAGACUAUGAUCAUUCCUAACUAUUCGUCUGGGAUAGCUCUCGAUUCGUGGCGGGAGCUGCAGAGUCCCGAGAGUGUUGAUGUUGAUGAACUGGAUGAAAUGUUCGACGCGAUUUAG